AUGGCGCUUGUACGCUAUCGUGACGGUGAUUACGGCUUGUGUGACGUUUUCACUGGUGGUUACAAGGUGAGCUACGAAGAAACCUGCAAGCAGCAGCCAGUCAACUCGGCACAAGUUAUUGAUGAUCAAAAGGCCGAAGCCUCCAAGGCACAUAUUAAACCUCGAUUAGCAAGAGCCGUAGCACCUUCCGACACUGAUGCGAACACAGCCAAAGCAGCUACCUUUACUUCUAAGUCCGCCCUUGCAGACUUUACUGUCCCUAUCUCAAAGCCACCAACAGGACCUUCUGAGCAGAUGAUCUUUGUUAGAGAAGCAGAGGGACAAGAAGACAUUGCUUCUGCCAGGGAAAUCGAUAAGACAACUAAGACAACCAAGAAAAUAAAACUUGCGGAUAAGGCCAAAAAGCUUUUAAUGUUACUAGACAGUGACGACAACACCGACACUGACGAGAGUACCAAUGGCGUUCACGGCAGUCCGGACACCCGAAGCUAUGUGAACACUUUGGAUUUGUCACAGCUCCCUAACACCUAUGCCAAAGAUCAUGUCGCUGCUAGAGAUUCGGGCCAGGGGAUGAAUAACCCGCCUACCCAAUCGGUACUAGAGAUCAACCGCGAACUUGACUCUGAUGUGCCGACAAAUAACUUGGCACACAAAAUCAAGGCUCCUGAGAGAGCUUACAUAAGCGUUGCCCUUCGACCUUCAGUAUCUCAGACGAAUGGUAGGCCGAUCCUAUCGAUGGUAGAGACCAGGAGCAGGCUCAACGCUCUGGUCAAGGAGAAACCGACAUAA